AAGGGCUGGGGGGAGAGGCAGAGCAGAGACCCGGGGGGGAGAAAGAGAGAGCGAGAGAGUACGGGAGGAGGGAAACCAUGGGGCAGGGGGAGUAGCCAGAGAGUGUAACGGGACAGCGGCAGGAUCACCGGGGAGGCGAUGCCCGGAGCAGGAGCGCUCUCCCUGUGAGCCGGGGAUGGAGAAUCAGGAGCUGAUCAGCGCAGCGGAGAUUAUCAAGGAUCGCUUGUAUUUCGCAACCUUGAGGAACAAACCAAAAAGUACAGUAAAUACUCACUACUUUUGUACUGAUGAAGAACUUGUCUACGAGAAUUUCUAUGCAGAUUUUGGGCCCCUGAACCUUGCACUGCUGUAUAGAUACUGCUGCAAACUCAACAAGAAGCUCAAGCCCUCUCUGAUGUACAGUCCAUGGCAGUCUUUCAGUUUGUCAAGAAAGAAAAUAGUCCACUACACCAGCUAUGAUCAAAGAAAAAGAGCCAAUGCUGCUUUCCUGAUUGGAGCUUAUGCGGUGAUUUAUUUGAAGAAUAUUCCAGAAGAGGCAUACAGAGCACUCCUAAGUGGUUCAAGUCCACAAUACCUUCCUUUUAGAGAUGCCUCAUUCGGGAACUGCACUUAUAACCUUACUAUAUUGGACUGUCUGCAAGGGAUCCGCAAGGCUCUGCAUCUAGGGUUCUUUAACUUUGAAAGCUUUGAUGUGGAUGAAUAUGAACAUUAUGAGAGGGUGGAAAAUGGAGAUUUCAACUGGAUCGUUCCUGGGAAGUUUCUGGCAUUCAGCGGCCCUCAUCCGAAAAGCAAAAUUGAAAAUGGUUACCCGCUCCACGCACCAGAAGCUUACUUCCCAUAUUUUAGGAAAAACAAUAUCACUGCUGUCAUCCGGCUGAACAAGAAGAUUUACGAUGCCAAGCGGUUUACAGAUGCAGGGUUUGAUCACUACGAUCUGUUCUUCGUGGAUGGCAGCACACCCAGUGAUGGCAUAGUCCGAAGGUUCCUGAACCUUUGUGAAAACACGGACGGAGCUAUUGCUGUUCACUGCAAAGCUGGCUUAGGCAGAACAGGCACCCUGAUCGCGUGUUACAUCAUGAAGCACUACAGGUUCACACACUCGGAGGCUAUAGCAUGGAUCAGAAUAUGCCGACCCGGUUCCAUCAUCGGGCCCCAGCAGCACUUCCUAGAGGAGAAGCAGACCUGGCUUUGGCUGCAGGGAGAUCUCCACAGAAGUAAACAGAAACAGAUUAGACUGGAAGAUGGAACAGUAAACCGUAUCUUAUCUGAAUUUGAGGAUUUAUCUGUGGGCAGCAGACUAAGUCGUCAUCGCAGUUUAGAUAGAUCAGGAGAGAAUAAUUCUGAGGAUGAGUGUGAUCAGAGAAAUGGUUUGACCCAGGGAGACAAACUACGUGCCUUAAAGAGCAGGAGACAGCCGAGGUCGGCUACCACAGGAGCGCUACGGCUGGAUGAAAUGAAAUCACAUCUGAGGUCCACAUCGCAGCCUUUCAGAAUUAUCGCCUCUAAUAGUACACAGGGAUCCAUGUCCCCAUUAAAGUCCUCUCGAGUAUCUGCAUCCACAUCAGCGGUUGCCAAGAGGGUCGGGCAGAGUUCGGGGUUGUCAGGCAGCAAGGUGAAAAGUCCCUUCAGUCUGACACUGCUGAGUUCUAAAGGUAGUCACACUCCUGUCAACCCUUUCUCGGUCAUGAAUCCUUUGCCGUGGAAAAAUGGAGGAGAGACGAAGAGAACGAAUCCAUUAUCCAGAUAAACUCUACCCGCAAACCAGGACAUUUACAGAAACCCAGACAAAGCAUAUCUACUUAUUGUUCACAUAAACUGCUAGACUACUGACUGAUUUUUGCGUAUUAUCAUCUCUGAUGAUUUUUUUUUUGUUAUUUUUAAAAAAUUGGAAUUUUAUAUUGAAUUUAUUUUUUUCUAGAUAUCCAUCAUGAUUUGUAUAUAUAUGGUCUUAAAAUACAAGUUGGUCUUAAAUAUAUAUAUUUUAGAUAGCUAUAACUACAUGUGGAUGUUAUAUUACAGAAUAUAUUUUCACAUUAGAAAUUCUUUGUAACCAAAAAUCAGAAGAUAUAUUUUUCUGUCUAGGAUGAUAUUUUUGUAAUAAUGUUUGCAGUGGCAGAUUGUUUCUUACUGAGAGUGUUCUUGUGCAAACAAAACAUACAAAAUUAAAAUUUGGAUAACCUGAAGUUUAGGACUGUUGCAUAAUUGUUCUGAAAUAUAAACUGCUGGUUUCAGGGGAGGUGGGAGGUUUAUAUGUGCUAUUUAUAUACAGGUUGAGUCUCCCUUAUCCAGUAUUCUAGAAUAUUGUAAUAAUCUGAAAAUUGGAAUAUUACAGGCAGCCAUGACAUCAUCACGUGACCUGACGUCAUGACAUCAUCUAGUAGCCAUGGGGCCAUGGCUAGGCAGCAAUUUUGAUUUGGACUUGGCGUCUGAAUACCCAAGAGUUUAGGAUAUUGGAGACUCAACCGGUACUAAGAUAAUUUUUAUUUUGGAUAUCACAGAUUUAGGCACAUGGGUAACCAGGGUUCUGAUGAUCUAUGGGGUAGAUUCAUCAAAGUUUCUAAAUAUGAAUAAUGCAGGUUUUACUUAUAGUAACCAAUCAGAUUCUAGCUAUUUUUGUAUAGUUCAUUCCAGUAAAUUAUAGCUAGCAGUUAUGUGGUUGCUAAGGGCGAACCUCCAUGUUUGAAUUUUUAGAAGUUUUGAUGUCUACACCAAGAUCUCUGAUGUGCAACAUGGGGGGAGGGACGUAGGUGGUCAUUCCGAGUUGAUCACAGCCAGCAACUUUUUGCUGCUGCUGCGAUCAACUAGUGCACGUCUAUGGGGGAGUGUAUUUUAGCUUAGCAGGGCUGCGAUCGCUUGUGCAGCCCUGCUAAACUAAAAAAAAUUUCAAGCAGAAGUAGACCAGCCCUAUUCCUACUUACCCUGUGCGACGAUCUCUGCAAUGCUGGGGCCGGCUUUAACGUCAGACAUCCGCCCUUCGUUCUGCUGGACACCCCUGCGUUUUACUCCCCACUCCCCGAAAACGGUCUCCAACGCUCCAUAUCCGCCCAGGUACGCCUUCUUUCUGUCAAUCUUCUUUGUAGUCCGCUCUGCGACCGCUUCCUUCGUUAGACGCAACGUAACCGCCAGGCAACGUCGCGCACAUGCAUUGCGGCCGCCGCGCAUGCGCAUCCCGGACCCGUUCGCACCACAGCGAUAAACUGCUGCGUGCGAAAGGGUCGGAAUGACCCCCGUAGUUCGGAAACAUGCUGUUCUUCCCACUUCAUGGCAGCUAAGGUUCUUGGGGGGUUUUUUAUUUUUUUUUUAUUUUUUUUUUAUGACAAAAUUAUUUCUGUCUUAAAAAAAAGCCAGGCUCUGUAUUCAUAACAUUGUAUAAAUUAUGACAUUUUAGCUGGGAACUGCCUAGUUCAAUUAAAUCUAAUGUUUUUGGCUAUAGAAGGUCACAGCACAUUUGGUCCAUUCUUUCCAUGUUAAGUUAUUGAAUUUUGUUUAUUUGCAUCUGCUGUCAUUUGUUUUAAUCUGUAAUUAUUUAUGAUUAGGUGAACACAAAUUACUACCUGUCUCUGAAAAAUUAUUGCCAUACAGUAUAACAUAACACUCAGAUUUUAAGCAUGUUUUUGUGAAAGGAUGUUAUUAAAUCUUUUUCAUUUAAAUAA